AUGGCGGCUCCCUCGCAGUCACGGACAAAGAUUGUCUUCGGCGCAAUGACUUUUGGUCAAAAAGGCGCCGAGCAAGCCCGCGUACACGAUCUGGAAGUCGCAGCAAAGAUUCUAGACGUCUUCCAAAGCCACGGACACUCAGAAGUGGACACGGCGCGUACCUAUGCGGGUGGCAGCUCCGAGGAAUAUCUGGCACAACUAAAUUGCAAGUCUCGCGGUAUCGCUGUGGCUACGAAACUGCCUCCUACCGGCGUCCACAUACCACCGUUCCUGGAUACGAGAGGCAAGACGCUGCGCGAUUUGAUGGUUGAAAGCAUGAGCGCUCUGAAGACAGAUAAAGUGGAUCUCUUGUAUCUCCACGGGCCAGACCGCAACAAACCUUACGAACAAACACUUCGUGAAGUCAACGAUCUAUACAACGAGGGAUAUUUCACCCGGUUCGGUAUCAGCAACUUUGCAGCAUGGGAGGUGGCACAGAUGAGCGAGACGAUCCGUCGUAAUGGGUGGAAAAAGAUCGACGUGUACCAGGGGGUCUACAACGCGCUGCACCGAGCUGUCGAGCCAGAGCUCUUCCCGGCACUGAGACAAUAUGGCAUCGCUUUCUACGCCUACAACCCUCUCGCUGGAGGGUUUCUGACAGACCGGUAUCAGCGAGAAACGGACGCCCAGGAGGGUGAUCGAUUCGACCCUCAUCGUGCACAAGGUGCUCUGUACAGAAAGAAGUACUGGAACGACGCGCAUUUUGAUGCUCUGGACAAAGUUCGCCCGCUAGCCAAGAGCUUAGGGCUCACAACGGCACAGGCAGCUCUCAGAUGGGUCAAUCACCACAGUAAAUUGGCCGGGGAAUCCGGUGAUGCUAUCAUCACCUCGGCGAGCUCGGCCGGACAACUCGAGGAGAAUCUCGUUGCUCUUGAGAUGGGUCCGCUCCCUGAUGAGCUUGUGCAAGCUUUCGAGGAAAGCUACAAGGUGGUGAAAGCCGAGGUGUCGUCAUAUUUCUUCUAA